AUGCAAAAUCCACCAAAUCCACCACAAGCAGGUACUGCCUCUGAUGCUUUCUCACAGAUGCCAGUCAAGGUAAUGCCAGGCCAACAAAGUCCACCACCAGCAGGUCAAUAUCCACCACCACCAACUGGCCAAUAUCCACCACCACCACCAGCUGGAACUCCACCAACUGGCCAAUAUCCACCACCACCAACUGGAACUCCACCAGCUGGUCAAUAUCCACCACCACCAACCGGAAUUCCAUCUCCACCACCCUCAGGUCAAUAUCCACCACCACCAACCGGAGCUCCAGGUCAAUACCCACCACAACAACCGGGACAACAACAACUUCCACCACAACAAACUCCAGGUGCAUACCCACCACAACAACCAGGUGCUCCAGGACAAUAUCCACCACAACAACCGGGACAACCAGGAGCUUAUCCACCACAACAGCCAGGUGCUCCAGGUCAAUAUCCACCACAACAACAAGGUGUCGGAGCCAAGCCACCAGCUGGAUAUCCACCAACUGGAGCUCCAGGACAACCAGGUCAAUACCCACCACAACAGCCAGGACAACCAGGUCAAUAUCCACCACAACAACCAGGUGCUCCAGGACAAUAUCCACCACAACAGCCAGGAGCUUAUCCACCAACCGGAGCUCCAGGACAACCAGGUCAAUACCCACCACAACAACCGGGUGCUCCAGGACAAUAUCCACCACAACAGCCAGGAGCUUAUCCAGGUCAAGUAGGUGCUAAACCACCAGCUGGAUACCCACCAACCGGAGCUCCAGGACAACCAGGAGCCUAUCCACCACAACAACCAGGUGCUUAUCCACCAACCGGAGCUCCAGGUCAACCAGGUGCCUACCCACCAACUGGCGCUCCAGGACAACCAGGUGCUUAUCCACCAACCGGAGCAGCUCCAGGUGCUUACCCACCAACCGGAGUUCCAGGACAACCAGGUGCUUAUCCACCAACUGGUGCUCCAGCCGGUUAUCCACCAGCUGGAUACCCACCAACCGGAGCUCCAGCCGGAUAUCCACCAACUGGAUACCCAGCUGCCGGUGGAUACCCACCAACCGGUGCUUAUCCAUCGACUGGUUACGGAGGUUAUCAAACAGCCGCCUAUGGAACCACAACUGCUGCCUACGGUGUCGCAGCAUAUCCAGGUGCCUACGGAUAUCAAGCAACUGCCACCUACGGUGUCGCUGCACCAAUGAUGGGUGUCUACACUCGUCAAUCAUACAGCUAUGCUUCCCCAUACUCUAGAUCGGCGGCAUUCGUCAUCCCAGUUGGAUUGCCAGCACACUUGGUCGCCAAGAUGAUGCAAGCCAGUGCAGCAUUCCGUAUGUUCGAUACCAACUACAGUGGAUCUCUCAACAAGAAGGAAUUCAAGAGAGCUCUCAAGCAUAUGGGAUUCUACUUUAGCAAGGGACAAUCAAAGAUGUUGUUCCAUCAAAUCGACUCUAACUACUCUGGUCAAAUCGAUGAAAGAGAGUUCUGCGAAUGGUGGUGUCACUAUCAAUAA